AACUGCAAUAAAAGAGAGGAAAAACCCAACAGCGGAGCAGCAGCCCACGCGGCGAAGAGAACGGGUUCUGAUCGAUCGAAGGAGAGAGAUUUUGUCCUUUUUUUUCCUAACCUGUUUUGCUCGUCCUUCUGGUUGAGAAACACAGAAAAGGAGUCAUCUUUUUUGGUAGUGAGAGGUGAGAGGACUGGAGUUCUCAGGAAGGGAAGGAGUUUCGCCAAUUUGUGCAGUUUUUAUUUGGUGGAGAGAGAAAGGAAGAGCAUUGAUGACAGGGAUCGGUGGUUUCUAAAAUUAGAGUUUCAGUGGGGAGUUCGAUGAUGCGAUGAAUAUAUAGAAUGGAUGUGGUGUCGUAAUUUCCUUAUUUUCGAAGCUUUUUUACGUCAUCCUUUUGCUCCUCUUUCUCUUUGCUCUAUUCUUCGUCUGUUACUCUGCUUUACAAGGAAAAGUUAGUAUUGGAAGGGGGAAGAAGGGUAGAAAGAGAGGAGAAAGAUUGUUUUUUUUUUUCUGCUUCUUCUUCUGUUCUUUUUAGCUUUCUCUUUUUCUGUUUUUUUUUCUUUUUUUUGGGGAAAGAGAGGGAAGAUUUUGUUUGUGGGUGAAAGCUGUUUUUGUUGAUGGUAUAGAUAGAAGAAGAAGCGAGAUUAGAACAAUAGGGGCAAAACCAGAGGAGAGAAAUUAGAAGAGAUCUUUUCUGGAAGGGAUAGAAAGAGAAUGAUGGCUGCGAACUUCAGAAGGCAUUCUAAUCUACAGUGCUUCCUCGACAGAACCACUCCUUCAGUUGCCUCUCAAUCUCUCCCUAAGUCAUGCAUUAGAGACCUGAACAGCAUCUGGCAGCCAAAUGACAAGGAAGAGGUAGAGUUCUUUACUCUUGGAGAACUCUGGGAUCAGUACAAGGAAUGGAGUGCUUAUGGUGCAGGAGUUCCAAUUCUCUUCCCUGAUGGUGAAAUUGUAGUCCAAUACUAUGUGCCUUACUUGUCUGCCCUCCAGAUCUACACCAGCAAAUCUCUAGCUGCUCUGAGGACAUUAGGAGAGGAAAGUGAGAGCGAUUCUUGGAGUGAUGACAGUGAGAGUGAGAAGCCAUCGAGGUCAUGGGAUGCUGCAUCAGAGGAUUCAUCUUUUGAUCAGGAUGGUUCAUGGUCGACUAGCCGAUUGGGUUACCUGUACUUUCAGUAUAUGGAAUGCUGUCCUCCAUGGGGAAGGAUUCCACUUACGGACAAGGUUAAUGAGCUCUCUCGAAAUCAUCCAGGUUUAUUGUCAUUUAAGAGUGUGGAUCUUUCUCCUGCAAGUUGGAUGUCUGUUGCCUGGUACCCUAUCUAUCAUAUUCCCGCUCGCAAGAGUGCUAAGGAUCUCUCUGCAUCAUUUUUGACUUUUCAUACCAUCUCAUCAUCUUACCAAGAUAAUGUAUUGAUGGAUUGCAAGAAAGACACUUCUUGUACUUCUACUGUGAACUCUGGGAGGAAAUCUAAGGAUACCAGAAGCUGCAUCAGCUUAUGUCCAUAUGGCCUUGCAACUUAUAAAAUGCAAGGAAACAUUUGGAUAAAUUCAGAAAAUUCAGAUCCUGAAAAGAUCAUGACGCUCUACAGUGCUGCAGAUUCAUGGCUAAAGCAGCUAAGAGUUCACCAUCAUGAUUUCAACUUCUUCAUCAGCCAGGCCAUGUGAGAAGAGAUUUUCUGAGCAAAAUAACCAUUUUAACAUCACUUGGAUGCAGAUGAAGAGAGAGUUGGUGGCUAAAUCAAAUGGUUUAUCUUUUCCUGCAAAAGAACCAGCUGAGUUUUGGCUUUCCUGUUUUUGUUUUUUUGGUAUGUCUUUUCCUUUUGAUCUGUUAUGAGCAGUGUGACUUGUAGCUUCUGGUACUUAGAGAAAGAAGUUUUGUUUUCUUAUGUACCUGAGAAUGUUCAUAUCUAUCUUAUGUUGAAUAGAAUGAUUUGGCCAGCAGUUGCAGGCUUGUUAUGCCUUCCUCAUA